AUGGUCCUCACCACCACACCCACCUUUACUGCCAAGUACCUGCUUGAGAAACAAGACAUCUGGAAGACCAUCACCCAUUUCAAGGAAGCCCUCCCUAUCCAGCCCUGGCACAAGGUUGUCCUUGCUCAGUACAGCUGGAGGAUUGGCAAGAGACUGAGGAUUCCCCCAGGGACCAGGACAGAGACUGCCAGUGCCUUCUAUCAGCUGAAGCUUGGCCAUGGAUACAACAAGGCCUACCUGUUCAGGAUUGGCAAGACUGACCACCCCUUCUGUAGUUGUGGAGCCAAGCAGACUCUUGAGCACCUGCUCCUGAGCUGCAAGUGGCUGAACACAGGCCGGAAAAUCCUGCAGGAUAGUCUUGGGAAGGUACAGCUGACUCUCCCUCUCCUCCUCCACACCAAGCAAGGCAUCAAGGCCACUUUGGACUUCAUCAGCAGGACCAAGGUUGGCACAAGGAGGUGGCAUCUUGGGCAGCCUUCAGAAGACCAGGCAUAGUGAUGCUACAACAGCUUCUCUUUCCUUUGUUUGUUUGUUUGUACUUCUUUUGUUUCC